GUACUACUACAAAGGAUUCAUUAGAGGAUUGUAUAUAGUUAGUUCAUAUUUUUGCUUCUCGUCGUACCAUUAACUAUUUCCCUAACAAUAACCACAAAACCAAAUAUCUACUCAAAAUUCAUCAUCAUUCAACUAUGGCGAAACCAGUUUCAAUCCAAGUUUGGAAUCCAAAUGGAAAAUACAGAGUUGUUAGCACUAAAUCAAUGCCUGGAACACGUUGGAUUAAUCUUCUCAUUCAGCAAGACGUUCGUCUUGAAAUAUGUACUGAGAAGAAAACUAUUCUGUCUGUUGAAGAUAUCAUUGCUUUAAUUGGUGAUAAGUGUGAUGGAGUUAUUGGACAGCUGACUGAAGACUGGGGAGAAGAGUUGUUCUCUGCUUUGAGCAAAGCAGGAGGCAAAGCUUUCAGUAAUAUGGCUGUUGGUUAUAACAAUGUUGAUGUCAAUGCUGCAAACAAGUACGGUGUUGCUGUUGGAAAUACUCCUGGAGUGCUCACGGAGACUACUGCAGAGCUGGCAGCAUCAUUGUCUUUGGCAGCUGCUAGAAGGAUAGUUGAGGCGGAUGAGUUCAUGAGGGCGGGUCUAUAUGAUGGAUGGCUACCUCAUCUAUUUGUCGGAAACCUACUCAAAGGACAGACUGUUGGUGUUAUCGGAGCUGGCCGUAUUGGAUCAGCCUAUGCAAGAAUGAUGGUUGAAGGUUUCAAGAUGAACCUGAUAUACUUCGAUCUCUACCAAGCUACGCGACUUGAAAAAUUUGUCACAGCUUAUGCUGGUUUCUUAAAGGCAAAUGGUGAAACACCGGUGACUUGGAAAAGGGCAGCGUCCAUGGACGAGGUUCUCCAGGAGGCUGAUAUAAUUAGUCUUCAUCCUAUCUUGGAUAAAACCACUUAUCAUCUAGUCAACAAGGAAAGACUUGCCAAGAUGAAGAAGGAAGCAAUUCUUAUAAACUGCAGUAGAGGACCUGUUAUUGAUGAAGCUGCACUUGUGGAGCACUUGAAACAGAACCCGUUGUUUCGUGUAGGCCUUGAUGUGUUUGAGGAAGAACCCUACAUGAAACCCGGGCUUGCAGAGUUGAAGAACGCCAUUGUAGUACCACACAUUGCUUCUGCUUCCAAGUGGACUCGUGAGGGAAUGGCGACACUAGCUGCUCUUAAUGUGCUGGGGAAGAUCAAAGGCUACCCGGUAUGGUUUGAUGCCAACAGGGUGGAACCAUUCCUCAAUGAAAAUGCUCAACCUCCGGCUGCAUGCCCAAGCAUUGUCAAUGCAAAAGCCAUGAGUUUACCAGUUUCAAAGCUGUAGUAUAGCUGUAUAGGCAUACAGGCGUGGUUUUUAUCCCUGCAAGAACCUUCAAAGCUUGUGUUUAAUGGUGGCAGUGGGAAUAUAAACUAUGAAUACUGUCUUUGUUUGUAUCAUUAUCAUGUGCUUGUAGUUUAUUUAAAACUCUCAAGUGAACCAGAAACACUUUAAAAUAAAAGAUGAGAAAUUUUGCCAGUUAUUUAAAAUGUCAAUAAAGGAGACCAUAAUGCAAAUGACAA